AUGGAGCUAAGGGCCUCCAAGAUCCCCGAGGAUGGAGACCCAGAGGAGGACACAGCCACGGCCCUCCAACGGCUGGUGGAGCUGACAGCCACCAGGGUUACACCAUUGAGGAGUCUGCGCACCCAGUAUCGCCUCAUCCGUAAGCUGGGCUCUGGCUCCUACGGCCGUGUGCUCCUUGCCCAGCCUCGCCGAGGGGGUCCAGCUGUGGCUCUGAAGCUCCUACGUCGAGACUCAGUCCUGAAAACCACCUUCCUGAGAGAGUUCUGUGUGGGCCGCUGCGUCUCCUCACAUCCAGGCCUGCUGCAGACUCUGGCAGGACCCCUGCAAACCCCCCGACAUUUUGUCUUCGCCCAGGAAUAUGCGCCCUGUGGGGAUCUCAGCGGGAUGCUUCAGGAAAGGGGCCUCCCGGAGCUACUGGUGAAGCGGGUGGUGGCCCAACUGGCUGGAGCCCUGGACUUCCUCCACAGCCGGGGACUAGUUCAUGCAGAUGUCAAGCCAGACAAUGUGCUGGUCUUCGACCCUGUCUGCAGCCAUGUGGCCCUAGGUGACCUGGGUCUGACCAGGCCAGAGGGCAGCCCAACCCCUACCCCACCAGUGCCACUGCCCACAGCGCCACCAGAACUCUGCCUCCUGCUGCCGCCCAACACCCUGCCCCUGCGGCCAGCCAUGGAUUCCUGGGGCCUAGGGGUGCUUCUCUUCUGCGCUGCCACCGCCUGUUUCCCUUGGGAUGUGGCACUGGCCUCUGACCCUGAAUUUGAAGCCUUUGCCGGCUGGAUAACCACCAAGCCCCAGCCAUCUCGGCCACCACCACCCUGGGACCAGUUUGCAUCCCCAGCUCUGGCCUUGCUCCAGGGGCUUCUGGACCUGGAUCCUGAGACUAGGAGCCCCCCACUGGCUGUCCUGGACUUCCUGGGGGAUGACUGGGGGUUGGAAGAGAACAGAGAGGGACUUGGGGGCUUGGGGAGUGUGUCCUAUGAGGAUGAGGAGGAGGGGGAAGAGGGAGGAUCGAGCUUGGAGGAGUGGACAGAUGAGGAGGAGGAUGACAAAGGUGGCGGGAGGAUGGGGACAGAUGGGGGAACUCCCUGACCAGGUGACUGAGACAGGUGGCCAGAGCCUGGGCCAAAGGCCCCUCCCCGAGUCCCCAUGGCCACCUGGAUGGGGAGACAGCUGCUCCCAGGAGGACAGAGAGGACACACACUGCACCUCUCCCUGCUGAAGGCUGGACUUCCUCCCAGCUGAGAACUCAGGAGUCCAGGCCCCCAGCCCCUCCUUCCUCAAGCUCAGGAGUCCUAUCCUCCAUCAAGGACCCUUCCUCUUCCCUCUGUCCUAAGUGUGUCUUCUUGAAGGAAGGCAUUGUUCCACCUAUAGAGAGUUUCUGUACUGUGGGGACAUGUUGAAUGUUUAU